AUGCUCAGACCCGGGAUUCCACUAUCUCCGUUCCUUGUAACCCACACUAAGCCGUAUUUAUUUUAUGCCUGCGGGAACGUAAUAUUCAAGUUUUCGGUGGACGUAGCUGGGUCCGCCGAAUUUUGUGGCAAAAAUGACACGUGCCACAGCGGUACCGUAAGGUCCAUCUCCCAUUCUGGAGACGAACUACUCACUUGCGGAGACGAUAAAAUACUAGCAAUAUUGGAUCACGGUCUCAGUUGCUUGCGCAGGAGAGUCAUGGGCAAAAAACUUUCGUCUGCGUACGUUGUGGGUUCACACAUUUUGGUAGCCGAUCGAUUCGGGGACAUUUAUCGCAUAAAAAGCGACUUAUCUGGUGAAGCUGAGUUUUUUUUUUCUCACUAUACUACUAUCACCGCAUCGACCUUGAUGGCCAAUCUCUCUCUUACGGGGAAUAAGGAUGGGAAGAUUGUAGUUUUGGAUGCCCACAAUCCUUUUUUGGUCCUUGCGAUUUGCCAGGGACACUCAGAGUUCAUCACCUGUCUGAAGCCAUACGGAGACGAUAAAUUUAUAUCCUGCAGUGCGGACGGGAAGCUCAGGGCCUGGGAUCUGGAUCAGUUUACAGAAUUGCAGACUGUGGAUUUGCACGAGUUGGCAUGUGAUGAGUUCGGACCCGGCAUGUAUGUCCCCUUUUACAUUUUGACAGAGUCUGGCGACAGUUUUAUUGCCGUGCUGUUUGCACAUCCCAGUAUGAUGAUGGUUUUUGACGUUUGGGCGUAUAAAUAUAGAUGGAUACAAUUGCCCUUUGAGGUCCAAAGUGCCGCAAAGCUACCGAAUCACAAAAUAUCAGAGAUUUUGGAGGACAGUGACGGGGUGGACGCGUUGAGCGGGUAUUUUUUUUUGGAUAUGUGUGGCGAUUUAUGGAACAAUGUUGGCAAUGCAUGGCAUAAAAUUGAAGUGCAGGCGGGUUGUAGCGGAGAAUUGGUUGAUUUUUGGAAGCAAAAUGAGGGGUUAAAGGGGGGGAGGGGGGAGGGAGGUGCGCACAAUUGUUAA